AUGUAUCUUAAAGUCUUGACUGUGCUGGCGCUGGUCGGCCUGACCUCAGCCCACAGCCACAUCUCAAACUUUGUCAUCAACGGCGCCUCAUACAGCGGAUUCAACGCAAAAGUCAAGACCAACCCCAAGCUUCUCGCAGCAUGGAGCACAACAGUCAGCGACGACGGCUGGGUUAGCACCGAGAGUUACGGCGGGCCAAACAUUGUCUGCCACCGCGAGGCAACCAAUCCUCAAGGCCAUGCGCCCAUCGCAGCCGGCGACACAAUCGGUUUUCAGUGGCAGGGCUGGCCAGAAUCCCACCACGGCCCCGUAGUGACACAUCUCGCAUACUGCGGCGCUGGAAGAGGAUCCUGCGAGAGUGCGGAUAAGACAAAGUUGGAUUUCUUCGCCAUCGACCUAGUCGGGCUGAUUGACCCAAGCAAGAAUGCCACAGAGUACGCGACUGCAAGAGGCAUCUGGGCAAGCGAUAUCCUCAUCCAAAACAACGCAAGCUGGAUAGUUCAGAUCCCGCCAAAAAUCGCACCGGGUUACUAUGUGCUGCGGCACGAGAUUAUCGCGCUGCAUUUCGCUAGGUAUCCCGGCCAAGGGCCCCAGCAUUAUCCGCAAUGCAUCAACAUCCAAGUCACCGGCGGUGGAAAGGACCUACCAGCCGGAACUCCAGCAAUGGAGCUAUACGAGGCCGCAGAGGAGGGCUUGAUCUAUGACAUCUCGCAAAGCCCGCUUCCGCCGUACAAGAUACCGGGGCCGACGAUUUACAGCGGUGCAAAACCUUUCGCCGCGCAGACAGGGGCUAAGGCUUUGUCUUCAGCAACCGCGAUACCGGGCAUCCCAGAGACGACAGGAGAGAAUGAAGCCAACACCGUCCGGGAGACUCCUGAAUCGGUACCGGCAAAGACAAAGCGGAGGCUGGGUGCAAGGAUAUUGCCUAAGGCGCAACGGCCGGAGGCAACACCGCUGCCGACUGCGGGGCCGUGA